AUGUUACGUGUAAAAUGAGGUUGACAAGUGUCAAAUAAUUUAAAUAACCGCACUUAAAAUACCCAAACACUCAAAUGUUAGAUGUGAGAAUGAACGCCACAGCUUUCGAGUGGUUCCGCCAAGCGGCCCUUUUAAUCCUGACACCGAAAUGUUUCGAUAACUAUUUUAUCGAAUUCAAUUUUUUCGACGGUCCCUGUUUUAGCGCGACGUUGAGCAAAGCGCUCGGAAUCGGGCUGAUUUUGGGGUCGAUACUCGUUAAGUUGCCGCAGAUCAUAAAAAUUGUGAAGAACAAGAGCGGUGAAGGAAUCAGUUUACCCAGUGUGUCUCUGGAUUUGACGGCCAUAACGAUCUAUGCAGCCUACAGCUUUGUCAAAGGGUUUCCAUUCAGUUCGUGGGGUGAUGCCACCUUCCUUGGAAUCCAAACUGUUUUAAUAGCAGUAUUUGUGCUGUGGUAUCAGGGCUCAAAGUCCUUGGGUUUAAUGUACUUGAUAGUGUUCAUUGGUGUCUGUUACGUUAUGGCUGGCGGCAUAACACCGAUAAAAACCUUAUGGUACUUACAAAGCUUUAACAUUCCCAUUGUUGUGUCUGGAAAAUUACUGCAAGCCUGGACCAAUUACAAAAACGGACACACUGGGCAGCUCGCCGCUGUUACGUUGUUUAUGCUGUUGUUCGGAUCGGCGGCGAGAAUUUUCACAUCUAUUCAAGAAACUGGCGACAGCGUCGUCAUUUUGACGUACAUUGCAAGUACGGCCGCUAAUGCGGUCCUUGUAGCUCAACUUUUGUACUACUGGAAUGUAGAUAUUAAAAAGAAGGCUGAUUAAAAAUAGUUAAUGUUUAAAAGUAGGAACAAAUUGACUUUUGUAUAUGCAUAAGUUUAAAACAAGUUUUAACUGGUUUCCAUGGAUUUUAUUUAUAUUAUCUUUUCAUCAUGUAAGGAAAUAUCACAAACAAUUUAUUUAAUAAAAUGUGUUUAUGGUUUUCAGAAUA